UCCUGUAAACCUAUGGGCGCAGAGUAGGCAAACGCCAGGAAAAAGGGAGCUGGUAGACAACCCAAAUGGUUAUUGUCAACACCUCACAAGUGAAAAAAAAAAACCCAACAGGACUCAAACACCUCGAUAGAUUUCUUUUUCAUGCCGAAUGAUACCUCAAGAGAAAUCUACAAGACAGAGCCGUAAUCGGAGCAAGCUGGCUGCUUUGGCGAACGACGUUACCUAUUUCGGUGCCACACUAGCGGGCUAGCUAGCCAGCUCCGUCGGCUACAGCUGGCACAGAUAGCUCGCUUCGCGACGAACAAAGAAGAAAAACAUUCAAGAAAGCUUUGCCUGCUUUGCGAAAGGUCCACGCAGUACCUGAGGAAAUAGCGCCAGACAAGAAACUGUCAUGAUGUUUCCACAAUCCAGGCACUCAGCUUCAUCGCAGCAGCUGAAGUUCACUACGUCAGACUCCUGCGACCGCAUUAAGGACGAGUUCCAGUUCCUCCAAGCACAAUAUCACAGCCUGAAGCUUGAGUGUGACAAGCUGGCCAGCGAGAAGUCGGAGAUGCAGCGUCAUUAUAUCAUGUACUAUGAGAUGUCCUAUGGACUGAACAUUGAAAUGCACAAGCAGGCAGAGAUUGUGAAGAGGUUAAAUGCAAUCUGUGCUCAAGUCCUGCCAUACCUGUCUCAAGAGGUACUGAGCAGUAGUCGAGCGUCUCCACCCCUCCCACAGAGCACACUAUCGCAUCAGCAGCAGGUCCUGGGGGCCAUCGAGAGAGCCAAGCAGGUCACCCCACCAGAGAUGAACUCCAUUAUCCGGCAGCAGCUCCAGGCCCACCAGCUCUCCCAGCUGCAGGGCUUGGCCCUGCCCAUGACCCCGCUGCCCCUGGGGCUGGGCCAGCCGGCCGGCCUGCCUGCCGUCACCUCCAGCUCGGGCCUCUUCUCCCUCUCCAGCAUCCUGGCCUCCCAGGCGCAGCUGGCCAAGGAGGACAAGAGCGCGCGGGAAGCCUCGGACAGCCACCGCGAGGAGGACGGCGACAAGUCCGACUAGUCGCCUGCCACGCCCGCCGACCCCUCGCCCCUCACCCUUCGCCCCGGCGCUUGCUGGACAGUGGAGGCUCGUUGGCUUUUGCUUUUCUUUCUGUCCCCCUUUUGCCUUCCAUUGCGGUCCCCCUUGCAAUUGUAUUCUUGGCCCAGUAUCAUUCAUUCCGGAUCAUUCCGCUAGCUUUUUGUUCACCAACCCACCUUUCUGAUGUAUGCAAGUCUUUUAUUUUUUGUUGUUUUUUUUUUUUUUUUUGUUUACUUUUUGUUUUUAUUAUAUAUUUUGCUAUUGUAUGGUCAUUUCUGUGUGUGUGUGCGCGCGCGCGUAUAAAUUCACGUUUUGCCUCGUCUCAGCAUGGCUGUCUGGCUCCACUGAGGCACCACCAGUGUUUCUUUGAGCCCCGUUUAAUCUUGCCUCCUUCUCUUUCCGCUAAAGCGUCUCUCCUCUCCUUCAUAUCCCCCCUCCUAGCCGCGUUCGGAACAGCGCUAAGCCGAAAUGAAUCGCCCGUCGGGGUAGCGGGAGUGACAGACGGAAGCUUAUGCUAGCCCGUUCCCCUCUUCUCCGGAGCUUUGCGGAGGGAAGCCGCAGCCCUGGGUCUGGUUCCGCUGCCCCAGCUGGCACCGGAGCCGGGUGAUGCGCGGGCCGGCAGCGAACAGAAGUGGCUGGCUGCUCUUCCGGGCUAAGGGCGCUCCUGCAUCCAAAGGGGAGGGGGUCUAGAUCUCAAACGUGGUCAUUCCUGACCCAGGCUCUGUGUUGCUCUCGCUAUUCCAGGGAGUAGGAACAGGGAUAGAAAAGCAAAGUGCCCCUCCCCCAUUUCAUAAGCAUAUAUCUGAUCGCUUGUUUUCUGAUGUGUCUGUGGAUUGUGGAAAAGUGUUGGUCUUUCUCACUGUCUUAGACAGGGAGCAUGAUGGCACCAUGGAGAUACUAGCCACACGGCCGAGCCCCUCACCAAGUGAGGAGCAGCACAGCUUAAAAGUGCAGAUCUUCGUUUUGUUUUGUUUUUUAAUUAUUGGGGUUAACUAUAACUGUCCACUCAUUUGCAAAUGUGUUGUUUUCAUUAGAAAUAUGCUGUAAGAGAAACCCAUGAUGGGGGGGGCUAAAUUUUUAUUUGAGAAACCAGAAAACGCACCUUGUGUAAGAAACUUUCCCCUCUUAGAUGUGUGUAAGCGGUCCGAUAGACUUGCACAAAAGCACAUGGCAGAGGAGGCAGCGUGAGCUUCCUUGUCAGCGACAGGAGCACAGAGCACGAUGAGUCUCUCUAAGUAAACAGGAAUCACUUCAUAAUGAGGUUUGUCUAAAGGCCAUUAGUUGAGCAUUAAGGACAUGAAAGCAGUCCCACUCUCCCUCUGCUCCUUAGCUUUUGCGCCAUUUGUCCAAAUCAAAAAUUCUUCCUUUUGACCAACAGGGGGCAGUAAGUGUGCAGCGAGCGAGCUCUGUCGCAGCCAUGAUGGGCUCUGAUCUGGAAUCCCUCCCUUUUCCUAUUUUAAGCAGCCUAUGAUGGUCAUUAUACAAGCCUUGCCACAAAAUGUCCCCUUCUUCUCCGGAAUGAGAAGAUGAGCGACGCGUCUGAAUGAAAUGCACCUUUAUCCAAUCAGCUCUGCGUGAGCUGCUUGGGUAACGGAAGAAAUAAAAGCCCAAACGAUUUGUGAAUUAAUCCAAUUUAUUUGAUGGAUUACCUGCAGUCAAAUUUUGUUUGCUGUUAGAUUGUGUUGCACAACCAACCUGAAGUACAGAUCACUCUUCUUAAAUGUUUUGAAGACCUCACUGCAAGAAUAGCUGUACUCCUCUGCAGCUAAGAUCCAGGACAUCACUGUGAGUUUGUGUUCUUGUCCAGUGCAUCCUGUCUUUAUUAAAAGAAACUGAUUUAUUGUGUUCCUGAAGUAAUGAAAGUGAAUGGUAUAUUUUAAGUAUUGGACACGAAUCUAAAUUUAGUGUGUGUGGGACUUUACUGCAAAUUUAAUACUUACAGACAGAUGGCAUAUACAUAUUCAUAUAAUGUUUGUAUAUGGAAACGCAUAUCUUACUUUGUUGUGACAGUAUACCAAUGGCAGUACCAAUGUACAGGUGUGUUUUUGUUUUUUUGUUUGUUUUUAAAGAUGCUGACUAUUUUCAGGUACAUCUUGUGCUAGUUUGCUUGUGGCAUUUAUUGUAUCAAUGAAUUAUAUAUAAAACUUUCAGUUGAUUUGGUGGUAAAAAUGUAUGUGCUUUAGGUCUUUAGAUGUGUUGCUUUAAAUGUCCAUAUAAAUUUAAUCUGCCAUCAUCAACAUGCAGAAAUUGUACCAUCUUCCAGCUGUGUGUGCAGUUUUGAACAUUGUCUAUUACUUUGCACACUACAUGUUUGACUGUUUCUUAGUCAGAUGGUUUCUUAAAGGGGCCCUACAUAAUUUUUCAACAUUCAGUUCAUCUCAGCAGGCAUGAAAUAAUACAUUCAUGGUCAUUUUUCCCUCUUCAACUCCUAACUCUUUCACCCUUCAGUGCAUUGUGAUGGGGGAGAUACAGUUGGCAGGCAGGCAUUGACAAUGACCAACAGAUAAUUAGCGGGGGGGGGGAGAAUGUCAUGACAACACUAAAACAAGCUCUGCUUCCUGCUGUCUGCUUCAUACAGGGGAGCCUUGGCUUUAGGAUAGGGGACUUCAUUAAAAAAUAUGUGAAGAAUGUUUGGAGAGAUGGACCUGAUAUUAAAAAUGGAUGAAAUGUCUGUUUAGGAUCUGCUUGUGCUACUGUAAUAAAGAGACAGACAGUAAUGUCCCCUGCAUACCUACCAACAUGCAUAAGUGUGGCUUGCUUUUAAGACUUUUUUUUUUUUAAUUUUUUGUAGUGUUUUUCUUUUUUUCUUUUUGAAAUUCUUGCUACUGUUGUGUUUGUAUAAGUAGUUCAUAUUCAGACAAAUUAAAUGUGUGUCCGUCUCAUGGAGACAGUAAGAUACAGUAACUAUACUGCUCUACAUGGAACUAAAUAUUUGUGUCAGUGGAUCCAUAUUUCAAGUAUUGAGAGGUUUUGUUUUGGAGGAUUCUACAAUUGGAGGCAUUUGUGAAGAAGGUGAGAUGCCCCUUAACCCCCACCCCUACCCUUGACUCUUUUCCAAUCAUCGCUUGCCCUUUGCUUCGUCAUUUGCAUUUAUUUGCAUAAAACAUCGUAAGCAUUUUAAGCUUUGUAAAGGUCAUUUUUUAAACUCCUUUAUUUUCUGAAUAUUGUACAACCUAAAGUGCAAAAAUAACUGUAAUACAACAGCUUACGGAUGAAAUAUUAACACACGAAAAUAACCUUUUACUCGAGAUAAAUGGAUAUUUCUGCAGUGAAGAAAUGCUGCUGGUGCCUUACAAAUAAAAUGAAUCAGACCAGUGGAGAAAAUGA